UGCUGGGUAGAUCGGCCUCACGACUCAACGAACCAAGUACUAAAAUUCAAACUCCGUCACGGUCACCUCUUCCCUCUGCCCUCGACAAACUCUCUCUUCGUCUUCAAUAUCGUUUCUUCGAUGAUGGCUUGACAUGGUGAAUAGGCAAAUGAGACUACGACAAUACUGGCAGUGUUCUGGUUCAGCUGCAGGUGUUCGUGGUUCUUAGGUAAUAGAUUAGGUGGUUGGGGGUUUAGGUCGGAGUUUGACGAGAGCGAAUGCAAACACAGUACUCGUAGAGGCGAUGUGCCGCAUUUCAAGAUGCAUCAUAGAUGUGGGCUGACUUGCUGCCUUCAUCAGAACUCUGAUUACAGGCAGAAUCGAUGUCAUUCUUGUUCUAAGUUAGUAUUCGCUUCUGCCAAUGUACUCACGUUUAUUAUUUCAGGCUAUUACCUUUCCGGCGUGGUGUAGUACGCAAGCAGCACGACUCUCACAAUCACCUGGUAUUGAUAUCAAGGCAGUUCUCGUUGGGCCUGAAACGCCCAUGACAUUCUUUGGACAGAGAACUUCCUCAAAGUACUUGUGGAAUACACCGUGCGAGUAAUAGUGAUACGUGAAAUCAAAAACCAACUCCAGCCCUUUAUCCUGGCUUCUCCCUCAAUGGCCCCGCGGGGAGUACUAAAAACAUCGUUUUGGGCACAAUCCGGCGCGGGUAUAUGCAGAUCUGUGUUUUGCGGCGUUUGGGUAAGCUGCAGUGGACAUUCUGCGAUACUCCACAGAGUUGAGACCUUCUCGAAGCUCCGAGUCAGCCGUGAAGAGAUGUAUCAUUUCAUGAGGGUAUUUCGGAUCGAUUUUGAUUUCGGAGUACUGUCGCUAUUUCCGUUCGAGUUUCGAUGCCUUAUGUUCUACUUAUGAUGAGCAACGUAAUCCACCAACAGUUCUUUUCUCCCUCCCACUGGUUCGCCUUUGUUGUUCUUUUUUUUUUGCUUUCAAGAUCCAAUCGACGGCAGAGCCGAUGACUUCUUUGAGUCAGGACGAUAAAGACUUCAGUGGAGUUAUGCACGACUAUUGGUGCACGACUAUUGGCGCCUGUUGGCACUGACAAUCAUGCUUCUGGAUCAUAUAUAUACGCUGGACGUUGAGAUCAAGUAUUUGUGGCAGCCUCGACGCACCCGUCACACAAGCAGUUAUAUCUUUUUCCUUCAUCGAUACAUGAAUCUCUUUGCAGCCUCGCUCUCUUUCAUGUCGAUAGACAUUAUGGAUUUGCCUUUCAGCUGCGACUCAAUUGUUUUCUUUCGCGAGGCGAUGUUAUUACUCGCUCAGGUCAUAGUCGCCUGCAUCCUCUCUCUAAGAAUCUACGCCUUAUAUGGUUGUAAUCGCAGUCUACUCUCUUUCAUGUUGUCUCUGUUGGCCAUAUUGUCUAUUAUAUCAGGUGCAUUGAAUUUCUCUGGGCGGCAUGAUGAUCAACUACAGGCGAUCGGCACCUGCCAUACCCUGCUGGAUCGCAACACCUCCAUUCGGCAGUGUCUUGGUUGGGUGAUGGUAUUCAUGUAUGAUACGAUGAUUGUCGGCCUAGCCGUUUGCAACGCCUUCAAGACUCGGAUGGAGCUCCAGAUUCUCCGCCACAUGAAGGUUUCUCUCAAGGUUAUCCUCCUGCGAGAUGGGGCCAUAUACUUCGGGAUCAUGUCAGUUGUUCAUCUGGCUAACAUUCUCACGUAUUUUUUCGCUGAAGGCUAUAUGAGAGGCGGAUUGGCUCCUUUUGCAAGCAGCAUCUCAGUGACAUUAGUAUCUCGUUUGAUGUUGAAUCUUCACGAAGUAGUGGAUACCGGAAUUUACAUGAGUUCGUGUACCAGCUUCAUUGACCAGCCAGAGGAAGAAACACAUAUAUCAUUCUAUCGGCCACCUGGGUCGGUCUGA